AGUGAUCAAAAACAAUUUCCACGUUAGCAUUGUUAUUUAGACGUUUAUUAUCAUCAUGGAACUCAAUAUCAGUCCUUUAACUGUAUAAUGUCGUUUUUAAUUCGCGUUGAUACCAGGACUUGGUUAAUAGAUAUUAUUUAGGUAACGCUAACUAGGUAUAGUAGCUGAUUACGUUAGCUAACAAUGGCUAACUGUAACGAUAUGGUUUUUCACACUCAAAUAGCCUCCAUUAUGGAGGUGCUAGCGAAUGCAGCCGUGGCAGAGAUCUGUAAACUCGUAGACGACGACUAUGCAGUGUUUCGUUUGGAAAUAACUCAAAGCCAGAAAGAAAACAGGACAUUGCGGAGGAAACUACAGCUACUGGAACUGAAGGUGGCACGGGAGCGCGCAGAGGGGACAAUGCGAGAGCGCGUCCUCGCCAGUCAUAGCAGUAGUGUCAAGUUCCUCGACCGACACAGAGGAAUGGCAAGAGGUGAAGGAAGUCUCACUGAAGGCCACAGGAGCUUUGUGAAGCAAAUUAAGCACAAUUCAUGGAGAGAUGACCAACCAAUCAAUGUUGAUGAGGGGAGUGGAACCUCAACCCAGCACAUUAUCAUGAUAGAGUCUGCAGAUGCAGAGACUGCAGGUCCUGGGGUCAAGAUGGAGAGGUCUGAAGGAGAGGAGGACCCACGGCACAGCACAGACAUCCAGACUGGAAUGCCCUCUGUAGCCAUGGAGGACCCCACCACCGCCCCAGCACAGCCCAGGACCCGUAGCAGCAUCACUGAGGUCAGUGGAACGCCGAACGCCGUCCUCAAGUCAGAGACAGACUCCAAUACUUUAACUGUAACAAAAAGGCUCUUACACACAGGAUCUGACCACAAAUCAGACCCAGAGAGACUGGAGUUGGGGACACUGGGCUGUCCUCCUGCUCCCGGUUCAGAGUACUUACCCGUAUUUCUCCAGAGCCAAAGAACGGUUAAUUCCCGUGGAGAUGGUGAUGCGUUAGACACUAGUGGUGAUGAUCCGUCUUGUUCUUACUCUACAAAGAUGGACCCUGGCAACAUAUCCUUGGGUUUAGAGACACAGACUGAUCUGUCUAGAGGGGACUGGAACCAUUACAGUAAUAGUGAAUACUCUGAAGGGUGCCUAGAUAAGAAAAGGGAGGUUAUAAUCAUAGAUGAGGUGACUGUGAAAGUGGAGGGUGACGCUUCUCCCACAUGGAAUGCAGAUAGUCACCUAGGAGAUGGACACUCACAGGGCAGAGAUUUCUUAGAUUACAGGGAAAGCUUAGAGACAAAUCCAACCGUCGUGACCCACUCUCCUAUACACAAGUUCAGGGAUCGCGACCCAGUGUCCACGUCGAUGGUGUCUUCCGAUUCACCCAGCCAUGUCCUUUUUGAUCAGGUAUUGAACUCAAACGACAGGACUAAAGCCCUGGCUCCGGGAGGGGGAGCCACAUCAGGCAAUAGUAAAGAUAAACGGUUCCUCUGCAUGUUCUGUAACAAAGGUUUCAGCAGCCCCCAGAAAGUGGAUAUCCACCAGAGGGUCCACACAGGGGUGAAACCCUUCAGCUGUACCCAGUGUCAUAUGCGCUUCGCCCAGGCACGUGACCUGAAGAGGCACCAGAGGGUCCACACAGGUGAGAAACCCUACAGCUGCCCCCAGUGUGAGAAGAGGUUCUCCCGCCAGGACCAUCUGAAGAUGCACCUGAAGGUCCACACGGGAGAGAGGCCGUUCUCCUGUAUGCAUUGUGGGAAGAGGUUCUCAGAGAGGAGCUACCUCAGGAUACACCAGCAGAAAAAACAUUCCACUCUAUAACAUAGAAAGUAACCCUUCCACUCAAUAGCUUCUGAUGUUUAGAUCAAACCCUGCAUUAUAGACAAAGAUUAAUUUUCAUUGUUGUCAGCAGAAUAGAUCCAUAGAUGUGUUUGGAAUAACAAGAGGAACGGAUAUCAUUGUUGAAUAUUCCUUGGUAGAAUAUUGCAUCCAGACAUUGUGAUAUAUAAGGCAUAUAUAAGCCUACAAAGUCUGAUACAUGUUGAUUGUACUGUGUAGGCUAUAUGAUGUUCACAAAUGCCUAUUUAAUUACUUGCAUUCAACUACUUAAUUUUUUCCCCAAGACACUUUUCAUGAGAAAAUUAAUGCAAUUUAGCAAGUUCAUUCAGAUUAUUAGUUGAGAUGUGUAUGUGUGGUUUUCAUAUGAUGUAUUUAAAACUUGUUUAUGUUCAAUAAACACAAAAUGGA